UGGUCGUCCACAGCUGCUUUGGAAAGAGGGAGAUCUGGAGAGAGGGAGGAGAGAGAAAUAAAUUGACAGGAAGCCACCUCAUUAAACACUGACAGUGGGUCAAAGACAAAGAAGAGGAGAAAGAGUGUGUCCAGAAGAACACGGCAAAACCAUAUGGUGGUCUUAAAAGUGGAAGAGCAAGCAGAAAGAGGGUGAUCUGUUACUGUUAAAAAGGAAAGCGUAAACUAAAAAGAAACUUUCUGAAAAGUAAGAGAUCAUGUCGACACUGCCAGCAGAGACAGGCCCUGAGGAUGCCAAUAACAAGAGUUUCUGGAUGCCAGGGAACUACCACCAGACAGUGAAGCGGACCGAGGAUGCCUUCCAGGCAUGUAAUGACAUAGUGGCAUGUUUCCAGGAGAGGGCCAGGGUUGAGAGGCAGUAUGCUCAGCAACUUAGUGAGUGGAGUAACAAGUGGAAACCUUUAGUGGAUGCCAGUCCUCUAUAUGGCUCUCUAUUGCGAGCGUGGCAGUGUUUCCUCUCUUCUGCUGACCGCCUCUCCUCACUGCACUCCUCCAUCUGCCGUGCUUUGGUGUCGGAGGAUGGAGACCGCAUUCGUACAUGGCAGAAGGAGACUUUCCAUAAGAAGAUAUUUGGAGGUUUCAAAGAGUCUCAAGAUUUUGAAACAGGUUUCUCACGUGCUCAGAAGCCCUGGGCCAAGAGAUUGAAGAAGCUAGAGAAGGCAAGGGCAUCAUUUCACAAAGCUUGCCGUAAGGAACACAUAGCUCGUGAGCGGGAGGCCCACACCCAAGGAAACCCUGACAUUGCCAUUGAGAAACAGAGAAAGAUCCAAGAGGAGACUGAGCUGGCUCAUCUGGAGACUGAGAAAGUGCGAGCCCGCUAUGAGAAGGUUCUGGAGGAAGUUACACAUUAUGCUCCUCGCUACAUGGAGGAAAUGGAGUCUAUCUUUGACCAAUCACAAGAGGAGGAAAGGAAGAGGAUUAGCUUCCUCAAACAGGCUUUCCUGUCGAUCCACAGACACUUGGAUGUAACUAACAAUGAUAGUGUGAAAGCGGUGUAUAAUGAGCUCCACAACACUCUGAUGUCCAUCAGUGACCAGGAAGAUUUGCGCUGGUGGAAGAACACACAUGGGCCAGGCAUGCCCACUGACUGGCCUCAGUUCCAAGAGUGGACUCCAGACAAGAAACAUAAAAAGGGAAAGAACGAGGUUGAGCAGAAAGCAACAGUGAUGGAGAGAAGUGUAAUGAUUGGAGGGGUGAGAGUCAGAGCUCUCUAUGACUAUGUUGGGCAGGAGACAGACGAACUGUCCUUUAAAGCAGGUGAAGUGUUUCUGAAGGUCGAGGAUGAGGAUGAUCAGGGUUGGUGCAGAGGCAUGAUGGAUGGAGGGAAAGAGGGUCUUUACCCAGCUAACUACGUGGAGGUGAAGUGUUUCUGAAGGUCAAGGAUGAGGAUGAUCAGGGUUGGUGCAGAGGCAUGAUGGAUGGAGGGAAAGAGGGUCUUUACCCAGCUAACUACGUGGAGGUUGUGUAAAACCACAUAUUUCUUGCAGUUCUGAUGUUAAUGCUCAUUAAGGGGAUAUUCAUCUGAGCAUCUACCUGUAAAUGUGUGUAAAUAGUGUGGUUUUUUGGAGUUUUUGUACUCAUUGUUUUGUGACUAAUUUCACUAAUUUGAAUGAUUGAUCUAUGACUGAAGCACUUUGGCUGCUGCCUAUUGAGUAUCACUUACUGUAAAUAAGGAACUGGGGUAUGUAUAUUCUCAUGCCCUGACAAAGGCUAUAUACAUUGGCUUUUUUAAUGUUUUUUUUUUUUUUUUAUGAAAAAACACUGCAUUGGAGAUUGAGUGCCUUGCUCAUUUGCUGUCAAUUGGAGAUGGCAGUAUGUUAGUCUCUGUCACAAUUUUUUUGAUAACAUCUUUUUUUUUUCCCCCUUACAAUGAAACUUCUAUUCAGCCUAACUCCUUUUGUGUUCCACAUAAGAGUCACACAGUGUUUUUAACAACAUGAAAGUGAGUAAGUGAUGACAUCAUUUUCAUUUUUGGGUGAGCUAUCCCUUUAAUGAAGACAAUCAAAACAUGUAGAGAUUUUCAUUCGUUUAUUCAACGAAUAGGUACGGAAAUCAUCUAAUAUUUAAAGAGAAUAUAAAAGAGAAUGGCCUUGAUGCAUGAACCUACACAGUGCCAAAUAUUUCACUUUGAGUAUUUUAAGGACAAUGUCUCAUGCCAAAGAUUUUAGUCCUUAUUUACAUGAUAUCAAUUACAUAUUUCUAAUGAUAAGUUAGGGUAUGAGUGUUACAUUAUAUCUGAUGCCUGAGGGCCAGAUGGUUACUGUUGUCAUCUAAAGCUGCACAUUUCAUGCAAAAUGUGUUAAUAUGAUCAUAUGCUUAAUGUAAUCUGCUUUGGAACUGUCAUUAAGUGUCAUCUGUCUCACAUUUACCUGUAGUUGUAGUUACUCUAAGGCAGUAUUAAUCACCACCACUUUAAGGUUAUCAGACCCCAUUGAGGUCUCUUGUGUAUUUCUGUUGUGUAUAAGAUGUUAUACUAACCAAAGAAACGGUGUGUAUGCAAAUUAGAGUAUUAUUUGUUUGUACCACAGUAAGAGUAAAUAACAUUUGGAUCCCUGAAGUAUCUUAUGCACCAUAAUUAAUCUAUUGCAAGCAGUAUUAAAA